AAAAACAAUAUGGCGGACGGUGGUAUCCAACCACAGUAAACAACCUUUAGCUUUCUGGAAAACAUGAGAAAGAGAGGAAUGACGUUGAGAUUCAUCAGUUGCAUUUGAUUCCUGCUGCUGAUAUGGAUAGUCGUCUCCUUGCUGGGGCGUAUUCCCAGCAUUUUAGAGCCCUGGAGAAAGAGGAGUUGGAGGACAGAAAUAGAUUUGACACCAUUUCAAAGGCCAAAAGAUUGUCUCAAGAGACUAACAAGAGACGAAAAAUCCAGGCUCACAAACGUAAAUUGGAAGCACAGCGUGAAGAAAAAAGACGGCAAGAAAUACUUUCUAAAAGAAGAGAAGAACAAAAUCAAGCAACAGAAAAGUAUCAACGAUCGCAUAUUCCUCCAAGUUCCAGACAAGGAAGUGGGCGACUGAGCCCAAGAAGGCACACAGGAACUGCAUUGGAAGAUGCUCUUACACUGAUCAGAGGUAAUCCUCAGGUUGGUCGCCCACAUUCAAACCAUCAUCAUGUGCUUUCACCUGGCACUGAUAAUGCAGACCCUUUGGAAAAAUCUUAUUUUGACCAGACUCGACACCAUUCCUCUCGUCCCUCCUCUGGAAGGCCGGGGCAUCAAAUGGACCCUGAUGCUCGAGCAGAAAUGAUGGACCACAGCAUGAAAAACUUAACCAGCAGCCGGAGUUUGUUUGAGCAACAACUGGAGCAGCAACAGAACAUGUUGUUCGAACAACAGCAACAAGCUUUGCUAGACUUUAACAAUGCCAUCCGCAGGGAAAUUGACAGGGACUUUGGUACACAUGAGAAUGAAGGAACUCACAAAGAUUCGCAUCAUUUAGAGAAUGAUGAUACUAACAUUCAGCUUAGUGAUAGCUGUUCCAGUUUAGACAGCCUUGAAGGGUCAAAGAGGAAGAGUAGGGAUGCUGAUAACUUUCUCAUGGCCAGAGGUACCUCAAAGCCUUUGAGUUCACCUGUGAAACAGCACCCUUUGAAUUCUGAAGACAGCAGAGACUUACAACCAUCACAUAAUCUUCAGCCUGAAGAUCGACAUAAUUUGUAUCUAUUAAAUAAUCGUGCAAGUGAUAAUACAAAUUCUGUCAAAGGGAAAAACAUACUGGAUAAGCAUCAGCCUCUUAAUCAAGACAUGACCACAUCUGCCACUUUUCAAAGAGACCUUCCUGUUGCUCAACCUGACCCUCAUUUGAAUCCCUCAGGGUAUGGAAAUAUUCCUUUGAAUAGCCUUGUACAAAUGCGUCACAGAAAAGAAAACCAUAAUUCCUUUGUGGGCUUGACUCGAGGGGAUCUGAUGGGAGAUCAUGGUGGUAGGUCAUUUGCUGCGACUGGAACUGCCAUAGGUCUGGAGAAAUGUGAUGAUACUGUUAAGCAGCUGUCUGAGGAUUCACUGUUAGACUCAGCAAGUUCCUGUAGUAGUAUAUCAGUGAUCAAAAUGCCUGACAAUAGCCCAGCAAAUAAACACAAGCCCAACUCACAAGAAAAUGUUUCAGGCACUGUUAGUGCUCAUGACCGAGUUCCAGUAAUUAAGCAGGGAAGUAAGGAACAUCAGGUAGCUGGUAUUACAACUGGUGCCGUCACUUCCAGCUCAACAGCAUGGGUAUCCCCAUCUCCCCAAUUAAAUAGCUGUACUCUGACAGAAACAUCCACCCCAACACAAAAUGACCUUCUCAUGUCUGAUUUCCAUCCACGCUAUGCCUCAGCCAUUGGGCAGUCCAUAUGGCCUGGGAACAACCCAGCCCUUGGUGAUCAACACUCAUCAGACAGUACUCAAGUGGCAAAUAACCAACACCCUUACAGCACAAGAGGAACUCUGACAUCUAUGACUUCAACAACACCCUUCCCAAUAACUUCUGGUCCUCACCCUGUUAUGUAUUCUGCAGAAGAGGAUAUGAGCCCUGUGAGUGCAGCUGGUUCUUCAACUCAAAAUUACAACAGGGCAAGUAAUUUUGUGAAUAUGACAGCCCAAGAUAUGAGUUACCCACUGUCUCAUAUUUAUCCGAGUGGAGGCAUCAGUUCCAGUCAGAUAAUAUAUUACAGCCAGUCACAGGCAUCCUCUUCCACAGUGUUGACAACCUCCCAAUAUAAGGGGAACACUGCUAAUAAUAACAUCAACUACGGUUUAGCAGACAUAACAAAAGUACCUAUUUCUAGUGUACAAUCAUACCAGCAGGUUUCUAGUACAUUUCAACAACGAACAUCACCAGUGUCACAUAUUCCCUCAGUCCCCUGUCUGGAUACUUCUCCUGAACCAAUGCAAACACACAUAAGCCAAGCUGGUCAGAUGGUCGGUGGGCCAAUUCCUGUCCCAGCAGUAAGAACAGUCUUCCCCAAGAACUGUCCACCUGCACCUACUAGUACAAGUGGUAAUGCAAGUGCGACACUGCAGGUGCAUUGGGAAGUUGUUAACUGUCCUCCAAAUUUGAAACAAGAAUCAUCUGUCUCUGUCCUUGACCCUUCUCCCAAAGAGGCUCUGGAAGAGGCUGACGAGUUAGAAAUGGACAGUGAAACAGUAGAGACAGAAAAGACCCCACUUCUACGUGGGAUUUUGAAACAGGCGACUCCUAAAGUCCUUGGCCAGGCAACAGGCAGACCUAACCAAGUGAAGACAUUUCCUCGUGAUAGUUUGGAGCUGGCCCGAAUGAACCCUGAGAGAAAGGGCAAGAAGAAGAGUGUACGUUUUGCAGAUCACCAAAUCAAGGAUGAGGAAGAUAAUACAACAGAGAACAAUGAUAGUACUGGAACAAAAGGCUUGGCCAUCAUCAACACUGGAACACAUUUAUAUAAACCAGCAGUAGCACGUCCAUUGUCAGCAAAGGUAACCCCAGCAACACAGAGAGUAGACAGUACUCAAAAAGCACACAGAACAGCUAGUGCUGGUACGGUGAGGACAGCUCCUUCAUCUCAGACUCCAGUAUUAACUCCUAGUGCGGAUCAGAAUAGCUCAAAUGAUAAUUCUAGUAGUUCAAGUGCCAAAUCCAAUCUGCCACCUUCUCACUGUUCUUCACUGAACACAACUACUUCAAUCAAUCGGCCUAAGGCUGCUGCCCACAUCAUUAUGAGCCCUGACCAUCACGCGGAAUACAAGACAUCCACUGGAGUCUCUGAACAUAGUCCUCCAAGCCCCUCUUCAGGGGCAGCUGCCUCAACAGCACAUAAGUCCCACUUCGAGGCUAAAGUGAAGGCUGUUAACAACAACUUCAUGACCAAGGUUCCCGUGAAAGUGCCUGUAGAUGGUCAAACUAAUGGUGUGGUGUAUCAAACAACUAGAGUUUGGACAUCAGGGGCAACUUCUGGCCAGACUAAUGACUAUGGAAGGGGUGACCCUUUGGCUAAAGAUACUAACAGCCAGCAACAGCAGAAGCAAGCAUUGUCUGAAAGAGGGAGAAUAUCGGCUAGCAAAAGGGUACCUGUGUCUAAUGCAAGUGUCAGUAGGACCAGCAAGAUUGCUAUCCAGCAGGCAAACAAUGGUAUUCCUACCUAUGCCAACAUUAACAACGACAAUUCCAAUAAAAUGCCAGUUUAUGAUGAGAACGGAAUAAGAAUUGACCGCACCCCAACAGAUGAGGAGAUUACAUGGUUGUGGGACAAAGUGCGCAAUUGCCUUACGAAAGAGGAUGAGAAGAACAGUAACAAAACAGCCUGUGUCGGUUCAGGGGAUCAAGCUGUUAGAACAGUCCCUACUUUGUCCACCAAGAUCAUUGAUGGAGCUUCUUUAGGUGUGGGGGGAAAUAAUGCUGGCAUGACAGGAUUAAGAACUGGUUCUGGAUGUUUUUACCCUCGUACAUCACCCGCCACAGCCACACCAAAUAACAAGGUGAAACCUGCACUCCAGCAACAAGGAAGCUAUUUGCGCCGGUAUGGACUUUUGAAGCAAAGGAGAGUUCAGUCGGCCUCUGCCUUAGGACCAUCUGUUCCUGUUAUAACAACACAGCGCGCAACCAGUGCCAUCUAUGGCCGCCAGCCCUCCCAGCCCCCUACUUCAGACAACCCACCAACUCCCAUUGCAUUUUCCUACAAACCUCAGGACAAUGUUUCGGAAAGCACUGCAGCUUUCAUGAUGGCAGAAAGACUUGCCAAGCAAUCUUUGACAGACAGCCACAUCCAGACAGCCAUGGAAGAUGCCAAGAACAAACAAGAAUUGCACAAUCUUGUCCGAAAUCGAGGCGGUCAGUCUGCUUUGUCCAUUGAAGAACAAAGGCUCAUGGAAUCCCUUGACAGACUCAACGACAGACUGAAAGUGAAUGACCCAAAGAGCAAUGGCACUAUACAUUAUCACCAGCCGUACCAACCACAUCUCCCUGGAUUCCGUGGUCGACAGACACUGACUGACCCUCGACGUCCUACCAUCAAUUCUCCCAGGAGUUUACAGAGGGCCCAGGCAUCUCGCAUUAGAAUGCAGACUCGGCAGUACAGAUAAAUGUGCCUGUAGAGCACCUUUUUUUGACAAACUGUUACUUUCCUUAAACCAUAGAUCUACAUAAAUUAAAUAUCUAUAAAAAUUAUUUUUUUAUCAGCACAUCUUUUGUCAAGACACAUUUAGUAAAUACAUUUUUUAUUCAAGUUUUAUGGAUAUGUAUGCUUUUUGUAAUAUAAUAUCUUUAACCUGCUGUAUGUUUAAAUUCUUUGUUUGUCUAAUGUGCACUAUUCUGAUUACAUGUAGGCCUAUAAUGAGGUCAAAAAUUGGGGGUUAAUUUUAUCCUCAAAAUAUUUUUAGCCCUAUUACUAUCAGUGAUAAACUUGCACUUGUCAGGGGAAAGUCUUUGGAACAAGGAUGCACCUUUAGAUGUAAGCAAUGAGAAAAUAUAUAAAUGAUAGAGAUACAAAGACCAUAGGAAACUAUAUAGAAAUUUUGAAAGAGCUAUAGCAUAAUCAUACGCUGAAAAAAGUCAUGAUUUCUACAUUUCUCCCCUAAAAUCUUCUGGAAAUCCCGCCAAGGACCUGAGGAAGCCAUUUUCACGGACUUGCAGAGUUGUAGCCGGUUCUAAGUUAAAAAUAACGGACAAUGUUUUGUGGUCCUUUGGCUCAAAGAGAGUUCCAGUAACUACAGGAUCUUUUUAAAAUUAGCGCACUUUCAUUCAGAUUGUUGAGAGAGAGAGAGAGAGAGAGUACUAAAUCAGCUUCUAGCUAGAUCUAGAUCUACAGUAAAUCAAUCCCAGACACACGAUGUUGUGCCAUCCCUUUCUGGUGUGGCUUUGCGCUACAUUUUUUCCUCAUGCACAUCAGUAGACGUGGAGAGAAGCUUCUCUCUCUACACAUUUUUCGUUAACUGUAGGCACAGGUCUCAGUCUGAAGAAACAAUCAAGUCCCUUUUACUUUUAUUUCUGCAUUACAACCACUUUACAGAUAUAUAUAUAUAUAUUGAUUUUUUCAGUUGAAUUUUUCACUUUGUAUCGAGACCUAGUCUACUUUAUAUCCUGCAUAGAGACAUUUCCAACGAGCAUUUUAAUGACAAUCUACAUCAAUAGAUAAUCUAUUUUAUAUUCAUACUUAAAUGACAUUUGCUUGUGCACAGUCCAGUUGUUGUUGUUUUUUUGUAGACAUUCACAUACAGUGGAAACCAUAUAUAACAGGCCCGGUAAUAACAGG